AGAAGAAGAAGAAGAAACACGUGAUUCGCGCUAACCGAAAGCAAGAUGGCGGUGGUGGUGCGGAGCUUGCAGGACCAGCUCGAGAAAGCGAAGGAAAGCCUGAAGAAUGUGGACGAUAACAUCCGCAAACUAACGGGACGUGAUCCUAAUGAAUCCAGACCGGGUCAGAUCCGUCGGCUCAGCGGCCCCAUGGCAGGCCCUGGUGGAGGUAGAGGCAGAGGAAUGAACCUGCUCAGGCGUAGUCUCUCAGACAUGGGAAGCGGCGGCCCCCCUGCCAAGCAAAGGGACAUAGAAGGAGCCCUGCUGAGGCUGGCGGGGGACCAGAGGGCCAGGAGAGACGCGCGUCACGACAGCGACGCCGAGGAUGAUGACGAUGUCAAAAAGCCGGCGUUGCAGUCGUCUGUGGUAGCUACCUCCAAGGAGAGAACACGCAGAGACCUCAUUCAAGAUCAAACCAUGGAUGAGAGGGGCAAACAGAGGAAUCGGCGUAUGUUCGGCCUGCUGAUGGGGACCCUGCAAAAAUUCAAACAAGAGUCCAACGUCUCCACAGAGAAGCAAAAGCGGCGUACAGAGAUUGAGGCGAAGCUCGAGGUUCAGGCUGAGGCUGAGAAGAAGAAGGUGGAGAGUGAUAAGAGGGAGCUGUUCGAAGAGAGGAGAGCCAAACAGACUGAGCUGAGACUGCUGGAACAGAAAGUGGAAUUAGCUCAGCUGCAAGAGGAGUGGACCAGCCACAAUAACCGUCUGGUGAAAUACAUUCGUACCAAGACCAAGCCUCAUAUCUUCUACGUACCUGGUAAAAUGUGCUCCGCCACACAGAAACUCCUCGACGACUCCACCAAGAAACUAAAUGUUGUGUUUGAGGAGAGGCGUGAGGCUUUUGCCGAACACCUCAGCAAGAUGGAGUCCCGCCCCCGGCGACAGCCGAACCGCGACCAGGACGGCAACACGGCAGCAACAGGGAUGGACCACUCGGCGGAGGGUAAGCCAGCAGGUCAGGUAGUUAAGGUGGCAGGUAACAAGGGGGAUGCAGAGAUAGAGGAGGAGGAGGAAGAGGAGGAGGAGGAGAUGGAAAGGGAAAGGGAAAAGGAGAGGGAUAGAAAUGACAGACAGACAGAGAAGGACAAGGGGGAGGAAGGGGUGAAGGAAGUGUUGAAGAUUGUGGAGGAAGAGGUGGAGGGGAUGGAGUUGAGUGAGGAGGUGAGCGAGGAGAAGAAGGUAGGAGAGGAGGGGGUUAAAGACGUAGAGGGGAGGGGGGAGAAGGGAGAGAAGGAGGCGAGUCCAGGGUCAGAGGAGAUGGAGAUGGAGGUGGGGGGCGGGCCAGAGCAGGGGGACGGCAGGAAGGGAGAGGGAGAGAAGGGAAAAACAGACAGGAAACAGGAGCCCACAGACCUCCAAAACGAAGAGACCCAGGACUACCAGUCCUCUGAACCACCAGCCGUAACCAGCCAAGAAACACCAAACACAAGUCACCAGCCCCAGCUCAGCCACGCUGCAGGGGAACCAGCAGUAAAGUCCUCUGAGACCAAGAGAUCCUCUCCAACCCCAGAACCCCAAACAGGUGCCGAACAGCUGCCUGGGCACGAUUUCACCAUCCCCGGCCUCGAGGUCCAGAACUCAGCAACUGAGAACCAGACGGUGGAAGAGAAACCAGGGGACGAAGCACCCCAAGAACUGCCCGCGACCCAGGAGGCCCCCAGCGUUCCCCCCGCACCCUCUAAGGAGGGAGAGGACGCUGGGAGAGGGAGGAAGAAGGUUAAGGAGCCAAAGAAGGGCCGCACUCACAGCAAGAGCUCCUCCUCUUCCACCUCGGGCUCCUCCUCCAGCGGAAGCUCCUCCUCCUCCUCCGGAUCCAGCCGCUCCUCUUCGUCGUCCUCCUCCUCCUCGUCCUCGUCGUCCAAAAGCAGCAGCCGAAGUCGCAGCCGAGACAGCGGCAAGCGCAAGAGGAGGCCGUCGGACAGGGCCAGGGACAGGAAGAAAGGAGGAGAGGAGAAAAGCCACUGCAAGAGAGGAGGGAGCAGCGGAGGAGGAGGAGGAGGAGGAGGGAGGGACUCAAAGGGAACCAAGGAGAGGAAGAAGAGGAGGAGCGAAGAAGGGAGGAGCAGGUCGUCCAGGAGCGAUAGGGAGCAUAAAGAUAGAGACAGGAAGGACAAGAGACGCUAAUCUGGUUUCUCAUUUAGCUGCCGUAUGGUAAAGCUGGCAAACGCUGAGGGAAAAUCAACUAUUUACUUAAUGACAUGACAAGAGUUUUUAAACUAGCUUUUUCCCCUUGAAAACGCCACAUAAUGGCUUUUUGAGGUUUUAACAUACGACGACAUAUUUUCUCAGUGUAGGGAUUUAUAAGUCGAUUUCAUAAAAGAAAUUGAAAACUGGUUAUAAUUUUUCCUCCGUUUUCCCUUUACUUGGCAAAAGAAAUGUAAACUGGACUCUUAGUCUCUAAUUGGACCGCUUACUAAACAGGUUCGAGACUAUUCGAGACUCCAUUUUUUAGUCCUGCCAUUUUUAUCUUCGGCUUGACAAUGUUUUAAAAAAAGGUCUUUGUGGCGCUACAAUGAAAAGCUGGUGUUGAAUGUUUGUUUAUUCAUCCUAAUCAUAACGCCAUAGGCCGGGGCAUGGGUGGUUAUGGUAGCAGUAACCAUUAAUGUACAGUAGUUGUGUUUUCAAAUUGAUGUGACAACGCUGUUAAUCCUCAUUUAUUUCCACUAUUUGAUCAAUGUCAAAGCCCUUGUAUCUCCACCACGUGGGUACAUGUGUGAUUUGCUCAAAUGCUGGUUUUUGAAAGUUUUCUUCCAUUUUUUUGUACCGACUGAAAAUCUGCUUCAAAUUAAAGGUGAGGUAAUAGUGAA